AUGCAGUACCGCAAGCAUUACAUCCCCCUCGAUUCAAACCCGCAGCUCUUCACCCAGCUGGCUCGCGAGCUCGGGCUGUCAAACGCCUUAGCGUUCCACGACGUAUUGUCGAUUAAGGACCCCGAGCUUCUCGCGCUCGUACCACGACCGGCCCUGGCCCUCAUCCUCGUCUUCCCUACUUCCCCGACCUACGAGGCCCUCAUCGCCGAGGGGGACCGAGGAGGACCGAGGAGCCAGGAUGUCAUGUGGUACAAGCAGACCAUCAACAAUGCCUGCGGCCUCUAUGGUAUUCUACAUGCCAUCAGUAACGGAGAUUCGAGGGAUUUCGUCGGUAAGAACGAUUUCCCCCAAAAACGCCACGAGCCCCCCAUGGAGUGUUCUAACGUGGUGUCUCUGUGUGUCGCCGUUCGAUCAACAGAAGUCGAGCAGCUGAAUGUGGCGUACGAGGCCGUCGCUCUGCAAGGAAACUCGGAGGUACCAGCCAAUCCCGAAGACGAGAUCGAUUUCCAUUACGUCUGCUUCGUCAAAUCUAACAAAACCAUCACCUCUACGAGCUAG